AUAAAUGGAGAAGCCCAGUUCGGGGGCCAACCACGUGGCAAAAGCCACCGUGUCACUCAGCAUUGCCAGUGUGCUCAUUCUUGGAGCAGUCUUGACAAUGCUCAGCAUUCAGUUGGACGAGGCUCACGAACGUCUUCAAAAUAGAAUGGGCUCCUUCAAGUUCGUUGCUCGCAACAUUUGGCAUGACAUUGUUUUGGUGAAGAGCAAUGGAAGAAUCAAAAGACAAUAUGGGGGAUACGGAAGUGAUAGUGCUCAAUCCGACAACCAACAAUGCACAUCUUGUGUUCAACUACGAUGCCCACCAGGGCCAAUUGGACCACCAGGAGUUAGUGGAGAACCUGGAAUGGAUGGAGCUAAUGGGCGACCAGGAAAGCCUGGACUUGAUGGGCUUGAUGUACCACUCGAUCCAGAACCAGCAUUCCCAUGCGUAAUUUGUCCGGCUGGCCCACCAGGAACUCGAGGACCACAGGGAGAAGUUGGACGUCCAGGACAGACUGGUGAAUCAGGACAUCCAGGUCUUCCAGGAAGACCAGGAAAGCCCGGACGCGUUGGAGAUGCUGGACCACAAGGUGAACCAGGAGAGCAAGGAGAGCCGGGAAUCAAAGGACCACCAGGAGAUGAUUCGAUUGGAGGAACUGGCAUUAAGGGGCCACCAGGUCCACCAGGACCAAGAGGACCAAAAGGACCACCAGGUUCGAAUGGAUUGCCAUCUCAGAACAGUGGGCCACCAGGACCGAUUGGAGAAAUGGGACCACCAGGACCACCAGGACCAAGGGGAGAGCCAGGACCACCGGGGCCAUUCGGGCCACCAGGAGAUUCCGGAGAACCAGGAGGACAUUGCCCAUCAUCUUGCGGAGUUCAGGAGAUUGUUGCCCCGUCCGUUUCCGAGUUGGAUACCAAUGAUGAGCCCGAGAAGCCAGCACGUGGUGGUUAUUCUGGUGGUGGUUAUGGAAAGAAAUAAAUCCCUUUCUCUCUUUUUUUUUGAAAUGAUUUAUUGAUGAUUGGUAGUCACCGAAAAACCAAUAUCAAUGUUAAAGCAACUAUCGUAGUAUAAUUCAAGCCCCGUUUAAUUUUGUUUUGCCAUUUCAAUCAUUCCACUCACGUCGUUACAGAUUUAUUAAUGUGCUUGCUUGUGUAAUAAAUCAUU